AUGCAGGUCGCGUCACGCUUGGAGGUGGCAUCCUUGGCGCCGCCCUCCAGAGCCACUUCACGUGCAUCAUCGUACCACACGGUGCUCGACGAAUUCAUCGAUGCUCGCACCGAUCAACCAGCUGAAUCUCCAACGUAUGCGGAACCACCUCGUUCCGCCCCUCUGAACGCCGCGUCCUCUCCAUCGACCGAACCAAAGGUCGAAUACGAGACCUCCAAACACUCUCGACAAGGCAAAGCCCUGAUCAUUGAGCACCCUACUCUUGUCAACUUUGUUCCCACAAGCGAGAUCCAGACCGCGGUCAGUCAGACAGCCGAUCGACUCAUUAUCGAUACCAUACUUCCACCAACAGCUGUGCUGCGCGCGAGUGACCAGAACAGUCGUCCUCAUGCAUAUGUCCGAUCACCAAACGGUACGGGAGGAGCAGGAUACGAUGCGAAGGAGGUAUUGAGGAGACAUGAGGAUGAGCUGCGACGGACAUUGCAGUCAAAGAUGACGAGCAAUUACGAUCCUACGGGGAGGAUCAAGGAGGAUAUCAUGAAGACAUUGAGUGGGGUGACGAGGUUCCCAGAUCCAGUUGGCAUAAAGGGAAAGGAGUACAGCAAGGGGAAGUGUCCCUGUGUUUGUUGCGAGAUGGGAUGUGAGAAUCCGGUUCAGCCUUACAAGGAGGGGGAGAUGGUUGCGCCACGUAUAUCGACCAAUGUCGAGCAGCCUCAGCUCGGUACUGCACACAUCACGCAACAAGGUAUCUCGCAGCCGACUAUAGCUCCCGUUGCACCACACCAAACAGUGCCACAGAAACUUACCGAAUCGCAGCCAAGCACAGCAACAAGUACGUCGACGCUAGGUCCACAGCAACCAGCACUUGGGCCAGCAUCCGAGCCAACUAGUAGCUCCGAACCUAUGCACUCGUUCCUGGACAUGAAAGAGGCAUCGACUCGUCGAUCCGGUCAUCGAAGAUUCGGCUCCUGGAGAGGACCUAGAGACAGCGCAGACGGUACAAGCAGCAAGAACAGGUCAUUGUUCGCCUUCUUGACUUUUGGUCGACACAAUCGUUCGCGAUCGCAACUGGAUCUGCCUUCUCGUUCCGAGUUAACACAGCAAGACUUUGCGACGAAGCAGGAGCCACUUUCUGCACCUGCGUUGGCGCCAGCACCUGCUCUAGCUACCAGUUCACGAGAUCCGUCGGCUACACACCCUGCAGAACCGACACGUUCGCGAUCGUUCUCCGACCUGGUCAAGAGACGACGUAGCAAGCACAUCGCUAGUAUCUCCGAACCGAUUCCACCUCUUUCGACUUCGAUCACCUCGCCCACCCUCUUCGACACUACUCCCGAAUACAACGAGCCUCUGCCUUCACGAUAUUCAUCAUCCGAACGACCCUCCUUUCUCAACACCUUCCCUACCACUACACCAUCUCUUCCGGUCAGACACUCAAUGGACAGCACACGACCGUUCUUCACAACACCCGCGACCCCACCGCGUCGAAGCAGCAAGUUGUACGCCGUCAUCAGUCGACCUAAGCCGGGAGGCGGUGCGCGUACCGCCUCCGACAAUCAAUCUGUCAGACGAUCGAUCGACAGUGCGAUCCCAAGAAACUCCACAGGUACCUUUUUGAUAGGUCAGAUCGUUGAGGAGGAUGAGCUGGCAGGGAUGGUUGGUGCGGGGAGAAGAGAGUGGGAUGGAGGGGAGGCGUCGAGAAGACAAUCUGCUUUGAUGUCGAGUUAUCGACCUGCUGCGGGGUCGGAGGUGGGGCAGGAUCAAGCUCAUGCCGUCGCGAACGGUAUGACCGAGCGGGGCAAUUCCGACGUGGUUUCGCCGGAUGGUAUCGAACAGCCUCAUUUUCAGAUCGGUGUUGCGCUGUAA